UACUACCUGAACAACUGACAGGCGUUGAGCAGAAGUUAGUCCACCUUCGCCUUCUGCUCUUCAUCAUGGAGGCUCAGGCACACUUCUCCCGUGAGGAAAUCAACAGCACGGUGUGGGAGGUCCCGGAGAAAUACACGCGGCUCAAGCAGAUCGGGACCGGGGCGUACGGCUCGGUGUGCUCAGCAAUAAACGAGAAGACUAAGGAGAAAGUGGCCAUCAAGAAGCUCCACAGGCCCUUCCAGUCGGAGAUCUUUGCUAAGAGGGCCUACCGAGAGCUCCGCCUGCUCAAACACAUGAAGCAUGAAAAUGUGAUAGGACUUCUUGAUGUGUUUUCACCUGCCUCGAGCCUCGACGACAUCCAGGACUUCUACCUGGUGAUGCCUUACAUGUUUACUGACCUGUCGAAGGUGCGAGGUCAUCUCUCAGAAGACAAAGUCCAGUUUCUCGUCUACCAGAUGCUCUGUGGACUCAGGUAUAUUCACAAGGCUGGAAUCAUCCACAGGGAUCUUAAGCCUGGAAACUUGGCUGUAAACCAAGACUGUGAACUGAAGAUCCUGGACUUCGGCUUGGCUCGCAGCACCGACGCUGAGAUGACGGGCUACGUAGUGACCCGUUGGUACCGGGCGCCUGAGGUCAUUCUGAACUGGAUGCACUACACCCAGACUGUGGACAUCUGGUCUGUGGGCUGUAUCAUGGCAGAAAUGAUCAACGGGAAAACCCUCUUCAAAGGAAAAGACUACAUGGACCAGCUGACGCAGAUCAUGAAAGUGACCGGGGUACCUGGACCAGAGUUCAUCCAGAAACUGGACACUCUAGAGGCCAAAAAUUAUUUGAAGGCCCUUCCUCGCUAUCCCAGGAAAGACUUCUCGACGUUGUUCCCCAGAGCCAGCGCAAAGGGUAUCGACCUGCUGGAGAAGAUGCUGGUUCUGGACGGAGACGAGAGGCCCACAGCUGAACUUGCUCUGGAGCACCCGUAUUUCGACAGCUUGAGGGACCCAGACGACUUUCCUGAGCCUAUGCCGUACGAUGACAGCCAUGAUAAUGCCACGUUGUCCCUGGAUGAGUGGAAGCGGUUAUGUUUCAGAGAGGUGAAAAGCUUUGUGCCGUUCCCAAGGCGGGACUCCAAGAGGAAAAACACCUUGACUAUGUCUCCAUGACCCCAUGAAUGCCUUGUAACCACUGAUGCCCCAACCUACACAGCAUACAGCCAAUGGUGCCCUUGUAUAUUCCAACCAUGGAUUCACUCUAUUUCUGUUAGCCUGGAUAUGUUUAGAUAUUGAAUCAGUGUUCAGAGUGAAAACUGACGCACCUUUUCUUUUUCUUUUUCUUUUUUAGUAAUGUGUAAUUGUUCCUCCAGUGCCGAUUGCUCUUCAUAUUACACAUUCCCUUUUAGUACACUGCAGAUUUAUUGUUACCAAAUGCCACGGGGUUUACUGUAAGAUUUAUUGUAAUAUUGUUUUUCAAUUAAACAACAAGACAGGAUGUGUAUGAAGGUUUAUUUUUUGCAUCAAGUAGUAGUGGUAAAUGUUGCUGCCCAAGACAGACUACAACAAAAGAUUGUAGUCGAACGUAUAGCCAGUUAAAAUCUUUCUUGAUGUGUUGUUUAUUCACGUGAUCAAUAAGGAAGGUCUGGGUUUUGCCAAUGAAUGCCCUGAAGACACCUGACCAACGAAGCCCUAAAAGAUUAGAAGUUACUGUGUGAAUGUGCACUAUGUCACCAGUCUCAGCUGGAACACGUGGCCAUGACUGUGGUUCCAUACUUCUGUACUGUAAUUAAUGGAUGGCAUGCUGUAUCAUAACUUCACACUUUUAAGCCCAACCCUUGUAGAUUGUGCCAGUAUGUGGCAGCUUUUGAAUAUGUACCUGACUGGCUUGGUACGUUUAGAGGCUGCUGUGUGAUGUAUAAUAUUGCACAGAAGUCAUUUGUUUGAGUUGAGGUGAUUCUGUUUAAUUCAUUGUCAUCUAUUUGAUUGGGGGAUCUUGCACUGGAUGUAUUGCUGCCCAUGAGACUCAUUUUACCCAUGUAAUACAAAUAUGAGGACAGUCUGUUGCUUUUACUCUGAGAAUGUGAGUGUGUGUGCAUGUGUGUAUAAGAAUAGAAUAAACAAUUCAAUCCAUGA